GAAUAGCUGAGCUGUAGUUUGAAUUGACUGAGGAAGCGGAGAGUCGGUGGGAGCCAUGGAGAGCCGCUUACUGGCAGCCCUGGCCGUGCUGGUGGCCCUCACCGUGCGGUGGGCAGUGUCUCUGGGCCCCUACUCAGGAGCCGGAAAGCCACCGCUAUUCGGAGACUAUGAAGCUCAGAGACACUGGCAAGAAAUAACUUUUAACCUACCCGUCGACCAAUGGUACUUUAAUUCUACCAGCAACGACUUGUUGUACUGGGGUCUCGACUACCCACCACUGACUGCAUAUCACAGCCUCCUGUGCGCCCACGUCGCCCACCUGCUGAAUCCGUACUGGGUUGCACUGAACGCCUCCCGCGGGUACGAGAGUCUCCAGCACAAGCUGUUCAUGCGUGUAACAGUUUUAGUUGCGGACCUGUUGGUUUAUAUUCCUGCCGUCGUCCUGUACUGCUUGUGUCUGAGAGACGUACCGGCCACAAGGAAGAUCUCGUCGCUGUUCUGUAUUCUGCUCUAUCCUGGCCUGAUCCUCAUAGAUUAUGGACACUUCCAACACACGUAUAACUCUGUGAGUUUGGGCUUCGCGGCGUGGGCCGUCUUCGCCUUUUCCUUUGGCUCGGACCUCCUGGGAUCGGCAGCUUUUUGCUUCGCUUUGAACUACAAGCAAAUGGAGCUUUACCACUCGCUGCCGUUCUUCUGCUACCUCCUGGGAAAAUGCCUGAGGAAGGGCAUGACGGGCAGGGGGUUGAUUUUACUCCUGAAGAUCAGCGUCACGGUGCUCGGCUCCUUUGCGCUCUGCUGGAUUCCUUUCCUUACAGAGGCAGAACAGAUCUUCCAAGUGGUCCGCAGGCUUUUCCCGGUGGGCCGGGGGCUCUUUGAGGAUAAGGUGGCCAAUGUCUGGUGCAGUUUAAGUGUCAUUUUCAAGAUAAAGAAUAUUUUAUCUGCCGAAACCCAAUUACUAUUGAGCUUCGCCUGCACGCUGCUCAGCCUUAUCCCGACGUGUAUUAAGUUGACGGCCAGACCUUCUUUCUGGGGAUUUAAACUGGCUUUGGUCAGCUGCUCGUUGUCUUUCUUCCUGUAUUCCUUUCAAGUACACGAAAAAUCUAUCCUCUUGGUGUCUUUGCCAGUCUGCUUAAUUAUUAAUGACGUUCCUUUGAUGUCUACGUGGUUUCUGCUCGUGUCGACAUUUAGCAUGCUGCCUCUUCUGAUAAAAGACGGCUUGUUAAUGUCGUACGUCAUCACGACGCUGGCGUUCCUUCUGGCUUGCGGGACGUUCCUGUCGAUCUACGAAAAGACCUCGGAGGACGCGCUAAAACUGAAGCCAUUCUGUGUUUCUGUGAGGCGGUAUCUGCCCUGGUUUCAAAUUCCAGGAACCUUAAUCAGGCUGUCGUUUCUUGCGUCCCUAUUGGUGAUGUCCGUUCUGACCUUCGCAAGCGCCGUCUUAGCUCCGCCUCCGAGGCUCCCGGACCUAUUUCCUGUUCUGGUCUCCGCGGUUUCCUGCGCGCACUUCCUGAUAUUUUUGUUGUAUUUUAACAUCAUUCACCUCUGGGACGACAACCACGGCGGGAACAAGAAAAAAAUAUCUUAAUUUCUUUUUUUUUUAUUGUUGUUCUGUUUCUUUUAAUUCCGUAUUUUAUUUUUGUACUGUGCUGGAUAAUUGACUUAAUGUAUUAUAUGUGCAUUUUUAUGACAGCGAAGGUGUAAUAUUUUGAUACAGAAAUUUGUGGAUUUUUGGAAUUCUAAUCAAUUAAAAGCUUUUUUUUAUUAUUACAA